AUGCAGCAGCUCUACGAAGUAACCGACUGGCUCAACAGAGUAGAUUGCUUGCAGGAGGAUGCAAAGGAGAUAAUUAAAGAAGCUGAAGAAGAAAUUCGUAACAAAGCUCUCAGACGGUUCUGUCCCAAGAACUGCUGCUCCUACAAUGGGGUUGGAAAGAGGGUAAGUGAAAAGCGCAAAGAAGUGACUGAACUUACAAAGGAUGGUGAAUUUGAUGCUGUUGUCAAGAUAAAGCCUGGUGAUUUAGUGAUCCAGAUGCCUGUACCUGAAACUCUGGGGUUGGAUUCCAAACUCGAAGAAAUAUGGAGAAGGAUUGAAGAUCCAAGUGUGGGAAUUAUUGGGUCAUAUGGAAUGGAAGGUGCGGCUAAGACCGCCCUCCUCAAAGAGAUCUACAAUAAGAUUGAAGUAGAGUGUUUGCCACCAGAACUUGCUCUGCAAUUGUUUCAGUUCUCAGUGGGAGGGGAGACUCUAAAUGCUCAUUGGGAGAUCUCAAUGCUGGCUGAGGAAGUUGCUGAUGUGUGCAAGGGUUUGCCGCUUUCGCUCACCACUAUUGGUCGAGCCAUGGCUAGUAAGACCAAACUCGGCAAUUGGAAGCUUGCAAUUGAAAAAUUGAAGACUCAGCCAUCAGCAUUUCCAGAUGUUGAAGUUAGUGUCUUUUCUGUUCUCAAGAUAAGCUAUGACAGCUUGAGCACAGAUGCCCCCAGGAAUUGCUUUCUGUACUUUUCGUUGUUCCCAGGAGUUGAUAAUAUUAAGAAAAAGGAACUAAUUGAACUCUGGAUCGCAGAAGGGUUUCAACAUAAAUUUAACAGCAUGUAUGAUGCCAGGGAAGAAGAAGAAGACACUUUAGAAAGUCUAAAGAGUGCGAGUUUGUUGGAGAGUGGUAAAUCAGGAGAUUUUGUUAAAAAGCAUGGCGUGAUUCAAGCAAUGACCUUGUGGCUAGCUCGCGAGGAGGGAAAGGAAGAGGACAAAGUGUUGGUACAGGUAAAAACACUACAGCUUUCAAUAUGCAUUAAAGCAGAGAGGAUAUCAUUGUGGGGUCCCAGCAUCGAAUUCCUCCCCAAGACACCUUCUUGCCAUCAUCUUACAACAUUGCUUCUCAGGGCUAAUAAUUUGAAGAUACUGCCAAGUGAAUUCUUUCAAUCUAUGCCUGCUUUAAGAGUUCUGGACUUGUCAUAUAACAAAGGCUUAAUUGAGCUACCUGUGGGCAUUGGGAAUUUGAGGAACUUGCGGUAUCUUAAUUUGUCAGGGACUUGCAUAGAAAUAUUGCCAGUGGAGGUUCAGAAUUUGAAGAAGUUGCAGUCUUUGAUAUUGGAUGGCACACUGCUCCAGCUUCUAUACCAAUGGGCGUGA